UUCAUAUACAGCCAUGUUGUCGUUGACUUCCCGUAUCGGGCUCCUGAGCUCCAGAACAAUCCUCUCUAGCCAAACAGCUGCAUUGUUCAGACCAAUCUUGAUCAGAGGCAUCAAGACCAUCCCUCAACCUCCGGGCUUUAUUGUGGGUACCGUCAACGAUGCCUACGUGCCUCCUCCACCCCACAAGCUUGAAGGCUCGUUGCACUGGACUUCAGAAAGACUUGUUGCUAUCGGCAUGGUACCAUUGGCGUUGGCUCCAUUCAUCACCGGUACUUCGUCGGUGAUUGACUCUACCUUUUCUGCCUUAUUGUUGUACCACUGUUACGCUGGUUUCCAGUCCUGUAUCAUCGAUUAUAUCCCAAGAAGAGUUUACGGCCCAUUACACAACUACGCAAUGUACUUGUUGACAUUCGGAACCGGUGUCGCCGGCUACGGUUUGUACCAGAUCGAGUCCAAGGAAGACGGUGUCGCCGGCAUCAUCUCCAAGGUCUGGAAGGCUUAGAACUGUUGUGGUUCUUGCCGGUCAGAGACCCCAAUGCAUUCUGGUGAUCACAUAAUAUGAAGACUUAACUGACACUAACGUAAUUGCUAUAUGUAAACGUAACUUCGACAUUGUUCGCCAAGUGGUGCUUCCACAUCCAAAGCAUAUUCAUCAAUUUUGACUAUUUAUUUAUUUACUGAAUCCAUAACGUAUUCUUCUUUGCU